ACACAGGAGCACACACACUCUUUACUGUGCAGCUGGAAGAUCAAGAGUUUGUGCUGCACAUACCUGCACUGAGAGGACUUGAGUGUGUGUGGUCUGAGGGACUCAGCUGGUCUGGGAAACUGAGUCAGAGAGGCAGCCAGCACUGAGCGCUUUCUGCCAGAGAGAGAAGGAGACAAGUUCACUCUGCUGAGUGCUUCUCAGAAACCGUGAAGCAGAGCCAAAGGAUCAGUGAUGAAGAUGAAACGGACUCUGUGCAGAAUCUCCUGCUUGGUGACUCUGGUGGUGGAGCUGAGCUGGAUCAACGUGGGCCACAGCAUGCACAGAGAGGGAGGAAGUAAGGUUGCGAGGCAGUGGGAGAAGAAGGUGCGGUCGGCCUCCAGCCUGGACGAGCUCCUGAGGCUCGCAGACUUUCCUGAUUGGAAGCUGUGGAAGUGUCGUCUGAGACUGCAGCAGCCAGAGACCCUCUCUUCUCCACCGUCGGUUGGCUCACACCGUUCGACACGCUACGCUGCCGAAUCCUACAGCCUGGAGAUACUAAAAGCCAUAGAUGAAGAGUGGCAGCGGACUCAGUGCAUGCCACGGGAAACUUGUGUGGACGUGGCCAAGGAGCUGGGCACCGAUCCCUCCAUGUUCUUCAAACCACCUUGUGUGUCCGUCCACAGGUGCAGUGGCUGCUGCAAUCAGGAGGGUGUCACCUGCAGAAACACAACUACUGUUUAUGUGAACAAAACUGUCCUCAGUGUCAUUCCCUUCAAGUUCGUACCAGAGCCUGUGCUCAUAAAAGUGGCUAAUCAUACAGAGUGCAGGUGCAUGGAGCCCGCCAUAAUACGACGUAAUGCUCAACCUCACAGUAGCAGCGGCUGCUCUCCGAUGGGCCAGUUGUCGGAGGCAGAGGACUCCAGGAGACUUUGUGCCAGUGGGUUGAUUUGGGAUUGUUCAUCUGACAGAUGCAUACCUUACCCUUCCAGUGAACCAGAGUUUCCACUCAGUUCAUGGAUGCCUGACUGCGAGAUAGACGCAGAGAGAUGUGACUGUGUUCCUAAACCUGCGCCGACUCUGCAGCCGAAACCGAUCCACCGCUGUCAUCUCAACGCCUCCAUCUGUGCCCACAAGCAUCAACGUUUUGACCAAGUCUCCUGCAGAUGCAAAAAGUAGAAGUCCAUUGGGGAAAUAAGUUACGACAACCUGCUCACCAAGGAUGUUUGGAGGCAGAGAAAAAAGGCUCAUAAUUUAUUUACAGUCCUAUUUAUGCCGAUCACUUUAACUAAUUAAGAAGAUAUUAACUCAUGUGACCAUGUUAAUUGAUUUUUUAACAUGCUGAUUUGUGUUCCAAUCAAUGUGGAAAGUUUGUGAUCUGUACAUUUGUUCUUUGUGCACUGAAUAUGUAGUUUACAUUAAAAGAUUAUUUUUAUAAUUUCAAUUUUCAAUGAAUUAAUUGAUUAUUGCUUAACGUCUGAAGGAAUAUUCCACUGUUUAAUCUUCAUAUCUUCAUUUAUUGUUGGUAUUUAAAACAACUGAGUACAGAACUCACCUGGAUGCUUUUCAGGCUGCAAAACAAAACUUUUGGGCACUUGAAUCAUAUGAAAAGUUAAGUUGUUCAGUGCAGUGAGUUUCAUAACCUGUUUCUCGUUUCUUGGAUCUCAUCUUCGUGCAGAGUUUGUACAAAUGAUUCACCCUUGUUGGACAUUUUCAUGUUUUACAGCGCUGAAUCAAAAUUAAUGUGUUUUUUGUGACUCUGAUCCAAGAGAAAAGUAAGUAAAAACAGAUUUCUCCAAAGUGAUUGAAAUUCAUUACAAAUGUUAAACUGAACACUUGUUUUUCUUAAGUAUUUACCACCUUUAACAUGACACAAAAUCAUCACUGGUGCAUCAAGUUUGUAUAAAAUGAAGGUCUUCUCAUUGAUUAUAGUAUAAACACACCUGCCUCUGGAGGGCUUGUGAGGGUAGAGGGCUGAAAUAAAUGCACUAAAAGAGAAAACAUGGUAAAGUCUGCAAAAAACUUGCUGCUUGGAAGAGAAUUUGUUCUCCGGCCAGACAAUCAAGCCCAAGCACAAAGACAAGCGAGACAUGGCGUGCCUUAAAAACAACAACAACAAUGAUAAUGUCCUUGUGACUGCUGAGUCACAGUCAAGGUCUCAGUUCAAUUCAAAAUACAUGAAAGAGGGCUGUUUACUUAUGUUCCCAAAGCAAUCUGACAGAGCUUGAGCAUUUUUGCAUUGAAGAAGUGAAAAACUGUCCGCAUCCAUAUGUGCAAAGCUGAUAAGAGACCUGACACAGACUCAAGGCUGAAACUGCUGCACAAUACUGAAGCAAACAAGUAUUUCAUAGAGGUGCGACUGUUUGACUGUAACUUUUCCCCUAUUCAUUGUUGGGAAAGUAAAUAUAUUCUGCAUUGUAAUUCAGCUAAAGAGGUGAAAGCACCUUUGAUUCCCAGAUAUUAAAACAACUGAGCAUCAACUUACCAACAACUGAAUAGAUGAACACGUUUCUACAAACCAUCUCCUCUGCAAAUCAUCACUAAUAUUAAACGUCAGAAUGAUGAUCGAUCAAUGAUAAAUUCAUAGUGGGCAUGUUAAAACUGACUUUUCAAAUUGGUUCACAGUUUAGGAUCAAAUUAAACUAUCAUUAACAGAAAAAUGAGGGCUCAAAUGUAAAUAAAAACAAUAAAUACAAUUAUGGUGGUAAAUCAUAAAUAAUUCAUUACAAAUGUGCCUUUGAUUGACAAUUUUACUGAACGCUGUGCAGCCUGUAAAGAAAUAAUAAUAACACAAUCCUCCUGUUGAUUGUUGGCUAAUUUAAUCCCUUAGUGUUUGGCCCGCCUUUAUAAAGUGGGGGUGGGUUAGUGGAUGUAUAGGGGGAGAUGGCAGAAGUGUUGGACAUCAACUGAAAGCUGGUAACCUGAAUAAUAAUUUGAGAUGCAGCUCAGCACUUUGUGUCAAGAUGUUCUGGUCAAAAAAACUCUUUUUUCAUAACAUUAAUGUUUGACUUUCUGAAGUCCAUUCUCAUGCUCAGCUAUGUCUCAUAAGUUGUUGCAGCAAUUUGUGGGUUGAUACUAUAUUACACACAUAUUUUGCUUUUUUGGGAUAAAAAUGGUCAAAACCCUUCCAGAAUAUUACAUCAAAACACCAAGAAAAAUCCAGGCUGAAAAAGCUUUUGACAUUUUGGAGAUUUCUGUAUUUUCGUCGAAUGGAUGUUGAGCACCUCUAUCUGAUCGCCAAGGGUUCAAUACCUUCUUUAUGUUAAGUAAGCUGACACACUGAGGGCCCCUAAGGCCAAAACAUUUGGCCAUGAAGGCCAUAACUUAGUUCACCGUCUGCAGAAGCUGGCAGCAAGGUUCAUGCUCCACUGAUAACAGCCUCCUGUCCUUGUCUCCACAAAGAGAUGUUCCAUAACACACUAAUAGAGACACACACCUGUUCAAAGGAGCUGCGGUUGACCUUAGAAAGCACUCUGGCACCACAGAGGAGCACACAGUCACAACAGAUGCUCAAAGGGAAAGCAGCACAUGUGAUCUGGUCAUGUAGUAUUCAAACAUACACAUAGUAAGGUAAAGACUAAUCUUAAGCACUUGACAGUGUUUAAGUGCUUCCCCGGACAUUACACAAUGACAACAUUUUAUAGAUCACAUGCAGUGUCUUAUCUCCUCGAACAAGCCUAGAGACAAAGACUCUCCCACCUUUAAUUCAAAUUUGUAAGACAAUAAAAGAUACUUUUGCAUACUUUUUUUAUAGGUAUUGUACAAGCAGCAUGUUUCCUGACAUAAAAACUACUUAUAUCUGCUGCAUUGCUUUCUAUUCGGUAUCUUUGAUUUUUUUUUUUUUGGGGU